AUGGCGGCGUGUUUAGACAACGACUAUGACAACAACCAUGGGAGAGGACUCAUCCUGCAACAUGACUUGACUCACCAUGGAUAUUUUCCCAAGAUUAUAGAAGAAUACAACUCUACACAGCACAAGUCAAGAAAGUUUUAUACAUGGAGAAGAACGUGGCGAGGAGAGCUGAGGUCAACGUGUGCCUCGCCACUCCCCCAGCGUGUACCUCACCAUCCCUCCAGCGUGUACCUCACCAUCCCUCCAGCGUGUACCUCAACAUCCCUCCAGCGUGUACCUCACCAUCCCUCCAGCGUGUACCUCAACAUCCCUCCAGCGUGUACCUCACCAUCCCUCCAGCGUGUACCUCAACAUCCCCCAGCGUGUUACCUCACCACUCCCGCGUGCCACCAUCCCUCCAGCGUGUACCUCAACAUCCCUCAGUGUGUCCUCACCACUCCAGUGUGUACCUCACCAUCCUCCAGCGUGUACCUCAACAUCCCUCCAGUGUGUACCUCCCAUCCCCCCAGCGUGUGCCUCGCCACUCCCCAGCGUGUACCUCAUCAUCCCUCCAACGUGUACCUCAUCAUCCCUCCAACGUGCCUCAACAUCCCUCCAGUGUGUACCUCAUCAUCCUUCAACAUGCCUCAACAUCCCUCCAGCGUGUACCUCAUCAUCCCCAACGUGUGCCUCAACAUCCCUCCAGUGUGUACCUCAUCAUCCCUCCACGUGUACCUCAACAUCCCUCAGUGUGUACCUCAUCAUCCCUCAACGUGUACCUCUCCACUCCUCCAGUGUGUGCCUCAUCAUCCCUCCAACGUGUGCCUCUCCACUCCUCCAACGUGUACCUCAACAUCCCUCCAGUGUGUGCCUCAUCAUCCCUCCAACGUGUGCCUCAACAUCCCUCAGUGUGUACCUCAUCAUCCCUCCAACGUGUACCUCAACAUCCCUCAGUGUGCCUCUGUGCCUCAACAUCCCUCCAGUGUGUGCCUCAACAUCCUCCAGCGUGUGCCUCCCACCAUCCUCCAGUGUGUGCCUCAACAUCCCUCCAGUGUGUACCUCAUCAUCCCUCCAACGUGUUCCUCAACGCAUCCCUCCAGUGUGUACCUCAUCAUCCCUCCAACGUGUGCCUCAACAUCCCUCCAGUGUGUGCCUCAACAUCCCCCCGUGUGCCUCACCAUCCCUCCAGUGUGUACCACAACAUCCCCCCAGCGUGUGCCUCGCCAUCCCUCCAGCGUGUACCUUAACAUCCCCCCCAGCGUGUACCUGUCCCUCCAGCGUGUGCCUCCAACAUCCCCCCAGCGUGUACCUCACCACUCCCGCGUGUGCCUCACCAUCCCUCCAGCGUGUGCCUCGCUACCUCCUCCAGCGUGUGCCUCGCCACCUCCUCCAGCGAGUGCCUCGCCACUCCCCCAGUGGGUGCCUCGCCACUCCUUCAACGAGUGCCUGCCACUCCUCCAGCGUGUACCUCACCACUCCCGCGUGUACCUCACCAUCCCUCCAGCGUGUACCUCGCUACUCCUCCAGUGUGUGCCUCGCCACUCCUCCAACGAGUGCCUCGCCACUCCCCCAACCUACAUCAAAGCCUGGCUGAACCUCGGCUGGAGGUCAUGCAAGCAGCCUAGUUAA